CUGGACAAACCCAUGUUCAAGUGCAGGUUUUCUUAUUCAGGUAGGCUUAUACGAGGAACCGAGCACCUCAAAGGAAAAGAUUUGGUUGAGUAUGUGAACAAAGCACAGAAACUAUUCACGGCCAGGCUAUCACCUCGCUUCGCCAACGUUCCUGAUGAUAUCAAACGCCGCAUUAUGGGUUCGUUGCAUGUUGCUGUGCCAGCAAAGUAUAGAGCAAACGAAAAAAGGCACGAUGACAUAGACGAUUCCAUCAUACCAAGUUCGUUUGACGCUCGUAACAGCUGGUCAGAAUGUCCGUCGCUUCAUUCCAUCCGCGAUCAGUCCAACUGUGGCUCAUGCUGGGCUGUCGCAGCGGCUGCGGCGAUAACGGACCGCAUUUGUAUCGCGUCGAAAGGCAAUACAAGCGUAACCAUUUCGGCUGACGAUCUUCUUUCUUGCUGUACGGACUGCGGCUUCGGAGUUACUGUUUCUUUACAGACUGGCUGCAAACCUUACCCGUUCCCACCUUGUGAGCACCACAUCAAACCUGUUCAUUACAAGCAGUGCCAAGGUGAACUCUACCCAACAAAUGCUUGCGAGCGUUCGUGUCAAGAGGGUUAUGCGGUCCCUUACGAGGAGGACAAGCACUACGGAUCAUCUUCCUAUGCGGUUGCAGCCGAUGUAGCCACCAUCCAGAAGGAAAUAAUGCUUCACGGACCGGUCGAGGCCUCAUUUGAAGUUUAUGGGGACUUCGUGCACUAUUCCAGUGGAAUCUACCGAUUAACGGGAGGUGAUAUUCUUGGUGGACAUGCAGUGAAGAUGAUCGGAUGGGGAACGGAGAAUGGUGUCGACUACUGGCUCUGCGCUAACUCGUGGAACACCGACUGGGGAGAGAACGGUAAGCCUUCUUCCCCACCUAGUCGAAUUUCUCCCAGAUUUUUAUUUACACAUGAAAACAUUCGGAAUCCUCGAUUUUUCCGAAUCCGUCGUGGUACCGACGAGUGUGGGAUUGAAUCUGGCGUCGUUGCUGGAUUACCAAAGUAG